UAACUGAAAAAAUCAAAAUAUUGUUUAUUUGAUUGCCCUGGACCAAAAAAUCGUCAAAAUGAGACACUAACCUUUUUUUAAAUAAUAAUAAAUCUCCUUUAUAAGAUUUGUGCGUUGACGAAGAGGAUAAGGAUGGAUCAAUGUACAGGGGAAAUGUAUCUGUCACGUUAUCAGGACACAUCUGUCAGAGAUGGGACUCUCAAUCACCUAAUAGACACGAUAGAACUUCUUUCUCUGAACCAGUCCCCUGGUGUUAUAAUGCUGAGGGAACUUUGCCUCGAUGGGAAUUUGUGAUAUACCUAGAUGUGGUAAAUGUAAGUCGUUAUGUUUUCAAGUAUCUCAAAAUCUUGCUACAAAUUUUGCUGCUCACCUUUUUUCUGACCAAAGUAAAUAUUUUUUCGACCGGAUUAUCUAAAGAAUAUUUUCAGUAACCCUGAUCCGGACCACACACAGGGACCACACAUAGACACACUCCUUCUCAGUUUCUGAUAUCGGGAACUACUUCAUCGUUUAGUUUUAGUGAGUCUAGACUUCUGUUAUAGUUAGGAACUACAUCUUACACCUUUACUCACAUGAGUUCAUUCAAAGAAUUAAAUUUCAAUCCUCCAGUCCUAGGCAGUAGGCAGCUGACUUACAACAGCUGAUCUUGUCUUAUCCUGCCUCCAUUUAUUUUUCCAUAUUACUUAUCCGAUAAUAUUAAGAAACUUUUGUGGUUAUCUCCAGUGGUAAACAAAACUUCUUUAUGAUUUUGGCUGAUUUUAUGUCAGUACAUAACUAACGCUCAAUUCACAAUUUUCAGAGAGCUCCACAGUAUAUGUUGAUUCGGGAAAGAGAUGCGACAAGUAUCAACAGGAAGCCAGCUUACUGUCAGAAGAGUGUGAUCCUGACGGAGAUUAUCCUUGUUGUUAUCAGAGAGAUUUUGAGAUAAGCUUUUGUCAAGCCACUAAUUGUAAUUGUAAGGGAUGCAUUGAUUACCGGAUUGUGCAGGACUUGAGGGAUUCAGAGACAAAGUGUGCCACAACCAGGGUAGGAGACUUCUUGAAGACUGCAUGUUCUGACGAACUAAGCAAGAAAAUGUAUUACUUCAAAUGCACCAACUCUGAUGAGUACUACAAUAUGACCACACAAGGUAAAUCUCUCAAAAUCUCUGCAAUAUGUGAUAACGACCCCUACGGAUAUCAGACAUGUUUUGACCGAGAACAAAUCAGCAAAACCACCGCUGGCUAUGUUUUGUGUGAAACAGAUAUUGCACAUAAUUUUAGUCCACAAGACACCACAAUAUGUAAUGACAAAUGCGAUAAGAACUUCUGCGAGGACGAGUCGUAUUGUAACGGCCUCUUCUAUGGGAUAAAGUGUUUGAUCACGGGAACUCCCAAGAGUAGGAUAAUAUCCGACAUGAACUGUUUCGGAAAUACUUGUUCUGAUUUCCAUGCGGAGAGUGACUGCUCGGUGAUUUACUCAGCAUCAGCCUCGUGCACUCACUACUGGAAAAACAAACUUGAAACGAAUAUCACGGUACCGAUAUUAAACUAUACAAGGUGUGCUGUGUUCGACAUCGACAAAGGUUAUUACCCUUACUGCGCGGACUAUUCGGACCAGACCAACUGUACUGGGGAAGAGCGAAUAGGGGGUUACUGUCUGGUAAAUGGUUAUAUGUCGAGUGUGUCUAAAUACGUCGUGUGUGACAGUGAAUACAGAAAGACUAAGGAACCAACCCUGAUAUGUGAUGGUGGCUUGGAAAAUGUUUGCGUCUCCCCUUCUGCUGACUGCAAAGUACAUAAACACAAGAUGUGCGAUGGAUUCAAUGACUGUCCGCACGGAAACGAUGAAAACAGUGAAAUCUGCAGAUUCUUGGUAACAAAAUUCAAUUGUGCGCGGAUGUUCCGUUAUGGCAGAUUUGUACACAGCUUUCCUAUGUCAUGGAUCAUGGACGGUGUUACUGAUUGCCAAAAUGGAGCAGAUGAGAUUAAGGAGAAUUGGAACUUAUGUGAGAAUCAAAUUGAAGAAACAUCAUGGUUCAAUCUAAGCAGUGAGAAAUGUAAAAAUGUCUUCUUGUGUCCACGAUCAGUGACGUCACAGAAUGAUACAGUUAUGGCAGAUUUUCUUUGUGACGGUAUCGAAUCGUGCAGCAAUGGAAUCGAAAACGAUGUCUGCCGAAUCGCUAGAGAUUUUCCAGACAUACCAGCAUAUUCGGCGCCCUGUCAGACUGAUUGGACAAAAGGACCUCCGGAUGGGAAAAACAUCUUCGGACUUUCGGGGUUUGAAAUUGAAGUCCCAACUGAUCCAAGCUCUAAACAAGAUUGCAAUUAUCAGUAUGGUGAAUAUUAUGUUUACCUAAGUUGCAUGGGUAUGUGCCUUACGACCACCACUUGUCCUCUUCGUUAUAGUAAUCUGAAGCAUGAUUCCUGUCCGACUCAAUUUCCUGACCGAGUCUAUACACUAGCAAAUAAUUCUUAUCUUACCUUCGCAAUCACCACACGAAAGCGCGUGUAUCAGCAAAAAUUCUUUGAGUGCAAAAACAAAAAAUGUGUAGACUAUUGUAAACUCUGCAAUCUUGUCAACGAUUGCGAUGAUUUGAGUGAUGAAGAAAUGUGCUCUAAUCACAUGGUUUGUAAAAACACCGAACAUCUUAAAAACAAAAGACAACUGAUAGCCUUGUCGAUGAAAUGCGAUGAAGAGAACUUUGAAAUGGUAACUAUACCGCAUCCAACAUUGGAUGCAAGUGAGGAUGAUAUCAGGAGAGUAGAACAGUCACCGACUGAUGGAUCAGAUAAUAUUGUUGAUGAUAUCGAGACAGCCAUCACAUGGCAUGGAAAUGAAAAAUGA